AUGGCCGAGGAACUGAGCAAGCACUUCGAGACUCUCCAGCUCCACGCGGGCCAGGAGGUCGACUCCGCGACAAACGCUCGCGCCGUGCCCAUAUAUGCCUCAACCAGCUUCGUCUUCAACGACUCGGCUCAGGGCGCGAGGCUGUUCGGCCUCAAGGAGUUCGGCAAUAUUUACAGCCGUCUCAUGAACCCUACCGUUGAUGUCUUCGAGAAGCGAAUUGCCGCGCUAGAAGGCGGCGUGGCUGCUGUUGCCGCUUCGUCGGGCCAGGCCGCUCAGUUCAUGGCCAUCGCCGCUCUCGCCCAUGCCGGUGACAACAUCGUCUCGACCUCCAACCUCUACGGCGGCACGUACAACCAGCUCAAGGUCUUCAUCAAGCGGCUCGGCAUCACCACCAAGUUCAUCGACGGCGACAAGCCCGAAGACUUCGCUGCCGCCAUCGACGACAAGACCAAGGCCGUCUACCUCGAGAGCAUCGGCAACCCGCGAUACAACGUCCCCGAUUUUGAGGCCAUUGCCAAGAUUGCGCACGAGAAGGGGGUUCCCGUUGUGGUUGACAAUACCUUCGGGGCGGGAGGUUACUUCGUCAGGCCCAUCGACCACGGCGCGGACAUCGUCGUCCACUCGGCGACCAAAUGGAUCGGCGGGCACGGGACGACGAUUGCCGGCGUUGUCAUCGACAGCGGCAAGUUCGACUGGGGGAAGCACGGCGCGCGCUUCCCGCAGAUGGUGGAGCCGUCGGACGGUUACCACGGCCUUAAGUUCUGGGAGACCUUCGGCCCCAUCACCUUCGCCAUCCGCGCGAGGGUCGAGAUUCUACGCGACCUGGGUUCCUGCCUGAACCCCUUCGGCGCGCAGCAGCUCCUCCUCGGCCUCGAGACGCUGAGCCUGCGAGCCGAGAGGCACGCGCAGAACGCGCUCGCGCUCGCGAAAUACCUCGAAUCGAGCCCCCACGUCGGCUGGGUGUCGUAUCUCGGGCUCGAGAGCCACCAAAGCCACGAAUUGGCCAAGAAGUACCUGAAGAGGGGCUACGGCGGCGUCCUGAGCUUCGGCGCCAAGGGAGACGCCGCGCUCGGCAGCAAGAUCGUCGACGGCUUUAAGCUGAUCUCCAACCUGGCCAACGUGGGCGACUCGAAGACGCUGGCGAUCCACCCCUGGUCGACGACGCACGAGCAGCUGUCGGACGAGGAGAAGAUCAGCUCGGGCGUGACCGAGGACCUGAUCCGCAUCUCGGUCGGCACGGAGCACAUCGAGGACAUCAUCGCCGACUUUGAGCAAUCCUUCAAGGCGGCCGCGGCAGCCGUGAAGGCCUGA